UCUUUCCAGCACAGGUGAUUUCACUUAGUGGCUCACCUACCAAUCUUCACGUCUCAUUACAAUCUGCAUAUCUUAGCUGUUUGGAGCUCAAUUUGGAGCCAAGGGUUUUUAAUCAUAUUUUCUGACGGCUCUGCCAAAUAACUAUUAGGACCAAUGACAGUAAGCCCACCCCAGUGACACCCAAUCAGCUAUCAAGACGAAUGGCAGUAAUCCCGCCUUGUUGACGAAGGUGAUGCUGCUUGUGGGUGUGGUCUUAUCUGAACUGGGCGUGGCCAUGCUCCUGCGUGCGGCCGCCAUGUUGCUUCUGUUGCUAACGGCGACCGUGCGCACGUGCCCCAAGCCGUGCCACUGCUCGGAGCGCGGCGGCCAGACCAGCGUCCAGUGCUCGUCCCGUGACCUCCGCUCCGUGCCCUCCGACCUCCCGGAGGACACCGUGACCUUGACGCUCUCGGCCAAUCGGAUCACCCGCCUGCCCGCCCACGUGUUCGCCCGCCUGUGGCGGCUGCAGGAGCUGGACCUAUCAGGGAACGCCAUCGAGGCGGUGGAGGCGGGAGCUUUCCAGGGGGUGGCCGAGAGCCUGCGGCAGCUAGACCUAUCGGACAACCGGCUGACAGGGGUGCCCAAGGAGGCGUUCGGGCGCCUGCACAAAGCAAAGGUCAGCCUGUCUGGUAACCCGUGGCACUGUGAGUGCUCCCUGCAGGAAGUGUUGAGAGAGGUGAGACUGGACGAGCACACGGUCAACGAGGUGCGCUGCCACACCGCAGUCAGAGAUGAAUACGCAGGCAGACCCAUCACACAGGUGCUGGACUCUGGCGUGAACUUCUGCAGCUUCCAGCGCAAGACGACGGACGUGGCGAUGUUCGUGACCAUGUUCGGCUGGUUUGCCAUGGUCAUCGCCUACGUAGUCUAUUACGUCAGGCAGAACCGGGAGGAUGCCAGGAGACACCUGGAGUACCUGAAGGCCCUGCCCAACAGCUCACACAGCAGCUCCAAGGACUCAGACACUGCCAGCACCAUGCUCUAGUGAAGAGAGAUAGAGAGAGAGAGAGAGAGAGAUAGAGAGAGAGAGACAGAGACAGAAAGAACAAGAAGUGGAAGAGAUACAGAGAAGUCAUCAUGAAGAAAAAAGGUGUUUUGUGUGUAUUUUCAUUGUGUAAAUAUCGUCUGUCAAGGUCAAACGUUCAGAU